AUGUCUAUAGUUCUUUCAGUGUCCGCUUUUCUUUCUUUCUUUCUUUCUUUCUUUCUUUCUUUCUUUCUUUCUUUCUUUCUCAGUCUAAUCUAUCUAUCUAUCUAUCUAUCUAUCUAUCUAUCUAUCUAUCUCAGUCUAAUCCUUAUCUUUCUUUCUUUCUUUCUUUCUUUCUUUCUUUCUUUCUUUCUUUCUUUCUUUCUAUCUAUCUAUCUAUCUCAGUCUAAUCCUAUCUAUCUAUCUAUCUAUCUAUCUAUCUAUCUAUCUAUCUAUCUAUCUAUCUAUCUAUCUCACUCUGUUCAUUACUUAUCUCUGGAAAUUCAUUAUCUAUCUAUCUAUCUAUCUAUCUAUCUAUCUAUCUAUCUAUCUAUCUAUCUAUCUAUGUUAAUUUGGCCAAAAUCUAAAUUGGUCCGAUGGAAUUUAAAGAUUCUCAAAUAUUUCUGUUUUUAUACAGUUCUUUCAAUGUCCGUUUUUCUUUCUUUCUUUCUUUCUUUCUUUCUUUCUUUCUUUCUUUCUUUCUUUCUUUCUAUUUCUCUAGUUCAUUAUCUAUCUAUCUAUCUAUCUAUCUAUCUAUCUAUCUAUCUAAUUAUUCUAUGUUCUAUAUGUGUGCGAUUUUGUGUACACAGAUAA